AAUUACAAAGCGGUGCUGGUCCAUCACCAUGCAAGGAAUCCGUUUGACAGCAGUUGCUAUAAAGCGCCGUUUACACUACGACACUGUGAAAUACACGCUCGCAACCGUUACAUUUCCAAACAAAACACGAUUUGAUUGCGUUUUUUGAAGGUUUCGCUGAUUUUGAUUAAAAUUAAUUAAGAAAACCUAUCUAAAAUGCUUUAAUCCCGUAGGUACGUGGGAAGUAGAUGGUCUAGUUUCAGCAAACAAAAACUGUUGAUGAUUAUUUCACAAUCAUUACGUGGUACAUUUACCGUUAAUUAACCGAUAUAUUCGAUCAAGGUAGGCAAUACAAAUUUGCACUAUAAAAAACAAUAGGAUUUUAUUAUUUCCCACUGACCGAUUACUUAAAGUUCAGUUGAAUCUUCCAAGAAGAACACAGCGUAGCAUAUUUAGUAGGCGUAGUUAUGGUAUGACACUAGUCGUUCGUUGCCACGAGCGGAAUCCAACGGACAAAAAGCAACAAUUUGCCAUUUCCCCGCAUCAACCAUGAAUAAAGGAACAAACUUUCGGCGUGCUGCUAUCAGUAGCGUUUACGCCAUUUCGCUUACCCCGGAGAAGAAAAGGUUGCUGAUGCAGUCGAUGUACGCCGAGGCUCACCAGAGUGCGGGACCGUUGCGUGAGGAACAGGUGAGGGAGCUUUGUAUCCGGCUCAAUCAGUGCUACGAGGUGCGUUACGAGUCAAUUGCUUGUGCAAUGGAAAUCAUACUAAAGCUGCUAGGAGACCGUAUUGCUACAGAAGAGGUACUAGGAUCGUACCGUAAGCUUUUGUCCUACGUUUCAAGCGUGCUGGGCAGGGAAAACUGCGCCAAACUGGCAAACUACAUGAGCAGAAUUUCUUCGAUGGUGCUAGAAAGCGGCGCCAAUGGCGGCAGCUCAUUCCCAGUCCAGGUGAUGAAGUGUAUCUUGGUGCUAAUGUACCGCUGCCCGAUCGUAAGCAUUCCGGACCGUAAAACCAUUCUGCAAGCGGUACGCUCCCUGCUGGAUUGGUGUAAAACCAGCCCGACCCUCUACGGCCAGUGUGGCAUCAGUGCGCUCGUGCGUACUGCCAUUAGCUCCACGAAAGCGCUCCAAGAUGAUGUUACCAUAGCAACCGAGCUGACCGUACUGGCCCACCAUCUGCUGGACGUUUUCCUUAGCCCACAGUCCACCGCCGUACAUCCGGUGGAGGUUCUGCUGCGGCUGGCGUACGAGCAAAUAUUCGCCCGCCUGGUGACGGAACGGUGCGAUGUCCGGUGCUUUGAGCUGCUCCUGUUUGUGCUGUACAAUUUGCUCAAGCGCGAUAUCUACCUGCACCUGAAGCUCGACAUUGUGCGCACGCUGGCCGACGCCGCCGGCGGUGGUACGCGCCGGCUCGUACGCUUGCUGUGCGCUGCCGAACACUUGCGCAAUGAGGUGUUGCUUCGGAAGACCAAAACCGUCCUUACGCUGGUGCUAGCGCACAGCCUGUUUCGCUACGAGCCGGUAAAACGGGCUCGUCAUUUUAAAGCAUUCCUGGCGCUGAUCGAAACAAUGAUUAACGCCAUCGAUUUGGACAUGCUGGCGAAGGCUAGAUUUCUCUGUCUGAGCAUUCCGCGCGCGCGGCUUAGCAUCGAAAGCAUUUGCUUCGUGUUUGCGGUGCGCCAUCUCGAUCUACUCGAGGGUGGGGCGGGCGGCGGCUGCAAUGUGGAGCUAGAUUACGUCUACAAUCUGAUCGCAUCGGUCAACAUCCUCUACUACAAGCGGUGGAAGAUUCCCAGCUUUCUGGUGAAGCACGUCAUCGAUGGUCUUUCGCGCUUUUCCAACACCCGCACGUUUGAAAAGAACGUUACCGAGCCGCGCAAAAAACUGCAGGCCAUCUUGGCCGGUGCGGCCGCGCACGUGUACGACGGCAAGCGUGCGCAAGCGAUUUUCGGCCGCCUGCCAGCGACGCUACACCGCAUACAGUGGCUGGAGCUGCAGCCGGAUGACUUUGGCGCUCAGCUCAUCUUUCACCAGCAGCUGGCCAUCCUGCAGGAACGCUCCGUGCUGUCCGGCGACGAAACGCGAACCAGCCUACUGGUGGCCAUGUUCGACACGCAAACGCUGGUGCGCGUACUUUCGAUGAAGAAAGUCACCCCAACGGCUCGAUUAAACGCUUCCAUGCUGCUUUCGAAACGAAAGCUUACCGGCCAGCACCUGCACGUGGCACUGAGACGCAUCGGAUCGUCGUGUACUGGGGCGCAAGGUGUGCCCGACUGUUGGACACACUGGGUACGGGCAGUGUACGGUACCGUGCCCGUGCUCGAUAGUGCGACGCGACGUCAGCUUUGGUCCCGACUUGCCACGGUCGAGCCAGCGGUGUGUACUAGCGAGCAGCGAUUGCUUCUCGUCGAUAUGCGCGCCAGCCUGCUGGUUGCUAUGAUACCCGAAACGAACCGCGCACUGGCAGAAGAUAGCCAAGCAUCGCGUCUAGAAGACGGCGUUGGUGCACCGGCCGCGCUCGGUCAGUAAUCAUGCGUGCCGGGAUCUUGGUGUAAGCAAAUGAUAACAUACUGAGAUAAUGAACAGAGAGUACGAUCGCGCACAUAUGAGUAUAGUUUUUGCUUGUUUAUUUAUACUGCCUUGUUUUGUUUUUGCUGUUUGCGUCUGUUUGUGGGGGGUUUUUUACGUUUAAAUAAUGAAAUGAGAGACCGUUGUCGGGACGCUGCUCAUUACAUGCGUUCUUCUCCACAAACACACACAAUUUAAUCAUCAUUAGCAGCAAAGAUUGCUAAGAAUGGUCGCACAUGGAACGACAUCAAGGUGUAACGAGAGGGAGCGAUCUCACACGAGAUCGCUUUACGCGCGCGUUUAAUCUUUCUCUCGCUUUCAAGGAAAAAGGUCAGGAUUAUAACCGCAUUUGUUUUGUCUUCUCUUUCGUUCUGCAUUCUGUUUCUGUGUAAAUGGUGUUAAAUUUUGUCCGUUAAUUUACAAAACUUAAAUCUAAACGCCUGCCAAUUCAUUAUUCCUUCUCUAUUUUAUCUAGAAAUUCACGUCAUUUUGUUUCCGUCGUCCCCGCUCUCGUCUAUCUUUUUCUUCAUUAUUCUCCUUUUCACCCCUCUUUUGUAUUCCAAUCAGUUCUGUUUGUCGUUUCACAUUUUUUUCAACAUCGUUUUGUUAAUGCCACUUUUUGUAUAUUUGUUAAGAGACUUUUUCAGGCAUGGUAACUCUAGAGCUGUAGAUAGAAUAAUUAUGUGUUUCUGUUGCUCAACAGAUCCAUUAUUCACCGGAACAAGCGUUAAGGGACACUUCUGUCGUUUGUUUUGUGUUCUUUUGUUUGUUUGUUUGUUACAACACCCGCCGAAGGUGUGGUGAGAGGAGCCAAAACUGUGAGCAUAUUUAGGAUUAGUUACUUUCUUUGUUUAGUUCGUAAAUAUCUUUCUUUUUAAUGUAUAAAUAUAGAGUGUUGCUGCUUUUAUAUGCUUUCAAAACGUAGCAAAUUUUAUUACAGAGUUGAAUAUGAAGAUGUGAACAGUAGCUACGCCGCUUUGAUGCGAUCUGAUGUAGUAAAUGGAAUUCAGUUCUUUCUACGACUUUUUGUUUUUUGUUUAGCAAUACGCGUUUCAGUAUACGUUUUUUUGUUAUUUUGAAUAUCAGGAAAUAGGAGUGAAUCACAACUAGCUGACCCUAAAGUGUGUAUGUUACAAACAUGCUACAUUUCGGCAUGCUUUGGGUAGGUUGAGUGUUUUACAGUUUUUUUUUCAUUAUCAUUUUAGUGGACAAAAAGAGGAAUUAUUUCCCGGUUUGACUGGCAUUCUAAACUACCAACACUAUUUAUCUGCAUUGAACGCGAACGUGAUUAUGUAGCGCCUUAGAGCUACCGCUGAAGGUUGAAAUUGUAUUGAAUGGUUUUGCAUGUUAGAGUUCGUGGAUUUACAUCUGUUUUUCCCCUAUUUCACUGACCGAAGAAACUAGACGAGAUUGGGACGACCAGAAACCAGAGGGCGGUACGUGUAUAUGUUUUUGAUUUGUUUCGCAUUGCUUACAUGCGCCGUAACUCUAGCUCUAGCCUAGUAUCUACUGCUGGUGUUCCGAAACAAAAAUCGCUCACCACCGCGAAAAGCAACGCAAUUGUAAAGAUUAUAUGUGGACGCGAAUGUGUGACGAAGAAAGUGAGGAAGGAGUAGGGGACACUACUACAUUACACAGCAAUAAUACACUUAAACACCACCCAGCAGCUAUUACAGCCCACUGCUGCUGCUGCUGCUUGCACUUUCUGUCCUUUCUGUGUUUCACUUGAGCGAAAAGCGAAAGAUUAUGGUUUUUUACCCCUUUCGUUCGCUUUUUCGCUCCAAUUUAGUUUCUUAAAUCUAAACUAGCUUGUUUUUUGUUUUGCUUAACUCAUCGUAGUGCUGUUGAUGCUUCCAAACAAUGCAAUAAUGAUUGAUGACGAUGAUGAUGUUUUGAAUAGGAUGAUAUUUUGUGUUGAUAUCAACUUUAAACUCCUCGUUGUGCAUAGUCUCACACGCGCGCGCAGGAGUAAUUAUACAGAAGCUCUAUUUAAAAAAAAAUCCUUUCGCAUCAAUAAAAAAAAACUAGUGACAAAAAUGAUGGAAAGAAAGGGAGCAACACAAAAACUAAAAACAUUUUUUUAAUCAUAAAAUGUCCACUACUAAUCAUGUUGAAUGGAUAUUUUACGAUAUUCCCUCUCUUUACUAGAGCCGUGCGCUGCACACACUGCAUUAAACGUGUUAUAAUUGUAUUAUAGUUUAUCUUUUCCUCGAAAUUGAACAGAGUUCAUGGCAAUAGAUUACGCACGAUAGUAUAUGGUUUCGUAUCUCCGUCCGUAGUUAUGGUAGUUAUUUGUUUCGUAUUUGUUUAUUAUGCUUUUUGAUCACUCACCCCGGUGACUGAACUUUCCUUUUUUCACUUUGAUUCGAGAGUUUCAUUCGUGUUUUCCUUUUUCUUUGUUUGCUCCUGAAGCGCAUUGCUUUCAAGUGUGAUUUAUUUCGACGCAACAGUCAAUUGCUAUUUUCAUAUUAAAAAGAAGAAAA